CAACUAUCGAAAAAGCACCAUCCCUAGAGCAGCAAGAGAAGUCCGCGCGAAUUUGUGUGUUUUCGGGGCUUCCUCAUUUAUAUAUCAUUAUCUUUUCAGACGGCUGGCGACCGGAAUAGUGUAAAACACCAACUAUUUUAACUUUACACAUUUCUUACCAACAGCUGAUCCGAAUCUAUUGUUUAAAUAAAGUUUAACUUGUUCUAAUGAAUUCCACUCAAAGUCCGGUGUACCACACAUCCGUUGAACAAAAGCGGCAUGCUCAGGAUGUGGCCAGGAGGCAAAGGAUGGGCAAGCAAAUGCCAAAACUGCGCGAAAUGCUGCGAGAGAAGUACCGCAAGCGCAUUGUUGAAACCCGCAAGAAGUGCACUGACUCCAAUCGUGAAAUACAAUUGUCAGAACUCAGGGAAAUUCUUCGCCAGGAACUCACUGAGUUGGAGCACGACUUGGAUCUGGAGCAACUAAUCCUGGACGAGCUGCUCUCUGAUGUGAACGAGUGGUACGCCCUGGGAGAACAGAACCUGGAAACGCUCUACGUUGAGCCAGAUGAUCAGCCAAAGGAGGUUCUGUGCCCCGUUUGCCAGAUGAAGCCCUUGCAGCGUCAGAAGAAGGGUUACCUCUGCGAGUGUGGCGUCAAGUUUGAACACUCGGCUGACAUGGAACAGCUCCAGAGUUUGCUGCACCAGCAGAUAGUCAGCCACGAGGUAAAGUGCACUCAGGCACUGCGCUUCUUUAUUGAACCCUCUUCGGGGCACCUGUACAACAUGUGUGGCAGCUGUGACUACUUCUCCUCUGUUUAGUUUCUUGUCUUAGUGUUCCUUUCGCUGGCUGCGUCCAGCAUAGAAUAUACGUGAUAUUUGAGCUAGCAAGUAAGUUUAUGUUAUCUACAAUUGACUUAAUAUACUAAUCAAUGUUUGUUAUUAACAAUAAUUACCUACAUACGUACAUAGAUAUAAAGUAACAAUAUUCUAAGCUGAAGAAUUUAUCCUUUACAUUUAUUUUCGAUGUUUUUUGUAUAUUUAAUUCUUAAAUUUAAAUUAAAAUUGAUUAGUAAGUCCAGUAA